UUAAACUUCAGAAGAAUGGACAAGAUUUUUCUCCAGCACUGUCAAUCAUUACUGUCAGACUUCAGGAAGAUUUAUCGAGAUCCGGGGAUAACUGACCUGCGUAUAGUGUGUGCUGGGGGAGAACAGGUUUACUCAAACUCGCUUCUGCUCGCGUCCUGCAGCGCAUUAAUCCAGGGUUCUCUGCUUCGGACUGACUCAACCCUCCUGACCGAACCUAAUCUGGAGUAUUGUAUCCUUAUCCCGGACGUAUCUGCGGAGCACCUGGAGAUAUUCCUUGAAAACCUGCUCCAGUGGGAGAAGGUUCCAAGACAGUCCGAGAUACAAGUUCUUGCAAGAAUUGGGCAAACCUUGGGAGUCAAGGCAAACCUUGUAGGGUUCGAGAAACCUAUUCCUCUAGUUCUAGAUUAUUCCUCGGCCACUGUUGGGUUCGAGAAACCUAUUCCUCUAGUUCUAGAUUAUUCCUCGGCCACUCUUAAAGAAGAUGAAUCCCGCAAUGAAAAGCUAGAGUUUAUUCUUCCUAAAAGAAAAAAAACACCGCACCAACGAACCAUUUACCAAUGUGACAAAUGCCAAAAACAGUUUGGCUUGAAACGAAACUUUAUGCAUCACAUCAACUCCCAUUUGGGAAUCAAGCCUUACGCCUGUACUCAGUGUGAUAAACGAUUUGUCCAAAGAUGUCAUAUGAAUACACAUAUGAAGAUUUUACACUCUGGUUUGAAACCGUACAUCUGCCAUAAAUGCGGGAAAUCAUUUGCUGUGAGCAGCAAUCUCAAGAAGCAUGCCGCAACUCAUGGUAGAGAGGAGGAGGAGGAGGAGGAGGGGGAGAGGGUUAACGAUCCAAAAUGGAAGGAUGUGAUUGAAUUUAAUAAUUCUGUUAUCGAACUAUCCUCGUUAAACGGAGCCAACUCCGACCCCCCCGCGGAGAAACCUGAUUCCGAUCCUCAGUCUCGGGUAUAUAUCUCCGCCAGUGAGAAAUCUCAACUGGAGUCAACAAAUUUUGAAAUAUCUCAAAUUGAUUGUUCCGAAUCUGGCGGCGGGGAGGUUUUCUCCGCCAGCGACCAGUUGCUAAUGCUUGAUUCUUUCCAGGAGACUUACAGUGAGGGAUUUUCUGGUGACUCUAAGGCAGAGAACUCUGAUCCUGUGUAUCCCUUUACGAUCUGCAACAAAACGUUUGCCUCAAAAUCAAAAUUGGAAUUACACACAGUCAGUCACACAGUAAACAAGCUGUUUACGUGUACCCACUGUGGGAAAAAGUUUAAACAAAAAUCCCAUUUAAACCAUCAUAUCAAGCUGAAGCACUCAGACGGAGCCUUUGACAGCAAAUACAAAUGUGAUAUUUGUGGAAAAUGUUUGACGAGUAAUUAUAGUUUGAAGAAGCACAAGAUGCUGCACUGGGAUAACAAACCGUUUGUUUGCCUGGUUUGCGGGAAAAGAUUUGUUCAGAAUUCACAUCUUACUCUUCAUGUUCAGAAGCAUUCAGGGAUUCGGUCUCAUCUGUGUAUUGAGUGUGGGAAAUCCUUUACAACGAAGGGACAUCUGAAAGAACACAUGAAGUUUCACACUGGGGAGAGAAAGGUGUAUGAAUGCAUGGAAUGUAAAGCUCAAUACUUCGGUCUACAUGAUUUAAAGGUUCAUAUGAGAAAGCAUAGUGGCGAGAUGCCGUUUUCAUGUAGUCAUUGCCCUAAAAGAUUCCGUUCCAUGAGAAACCUGGAGAACCACUCGAGAAUCCAUACUGGAGAGAAACCGUUCAAGUGCCGAACCUGCGGCCGGAGAUUUACAACCUCCUCCGGACUCUGUCAGCACUUUAAGAAGAGCUCCGGGUGCCGGAGAAACCUAGAGGAUACAACAGGGUCAUAUACAGCCAACCUAGAGGAGUUUUCAGAUACUCAGAUCAGGACCUGCAUAAUCCUGGAGUCCGUUGACUUGAAUGGGAAGACUGUUUCUGGGUUCGACUCUUUAAAUCCUGUUCCUGGGUCUAUUAUCUAUGCCUUAAACCAGGAGAGCUUGAGUGAUUCCGAAUCAAGAUUCCAGAUUCAAAAUACAGAACUCAAGAUUGAUAUUCUUCCGUCCUCCUCCAGUCCUAGUAGUAAACCCUUGGAUCCAAGUAUCUCUGGAGCAGGCGAACCUGGAUCCUCUCUUCCAAGUAUAUUCUUGGAAUCUCAACCCUCAGACGAUCAAUACUAAACCCCUUGGACGAUCUAUACUAAACUCCUUGGACGAUCAAUACUAAACAUAUGGACGAUCAAUACUAAACCCCUUGAACGAUCAAUACUAAACCUAUGGAAGUUCAAUUCUGAACCCUUUGGACGAUCAAUACAAAGCCUAAGGACGAUCUAUACUAAACCCCUUGGACGAUCAAUGCUAAACCUUCUUACGAUCUUUAGUAAACCCCUUGGACGUUUAUUAAUAAACCCUCGGACGAUCA